AUGGCUGCACUUUUUCCAUGGGUACCGGCGUCAAAUCUGGGCUACUCUUUAUCGCGUAAGGCGGUUAACAAAUGGUGUCCGCAACUCCGUAAUUCGUACCCACUUCCUAUGCUGGACGGGCCGCUGCCCACCGAGAAGCCUGAGGGUCUCGAACUGCAUGGAGAAGCCCAGAAACCGGACCCAUUUCGCUACAUGGAAGACUUGUUCGACCGGAACACCCAAGAGUACGCUAAAAAGGAGAUGCAGCACUUCUCUCUGAUUAGCAGCAAGUUUGACUUUCGACAUUCGAAGGGUCGUCUAUGGGCAGAGCUGGAUGCCAAGGUGGUUGUGAGCAGCCGUGAGGGCGGGUAUGACAAGGGCGAGGAGCGCAUCGGCGACUAUGUGUACUUUACCCGUGUCGUUCCUGGGCACGACUCGAAUGCGACAGGCUUCUACCGGAAGCGUUUUGGUGAAGUGGAUCUCUUGGCAGAGGAACUCAUCAACCCUCUCCUCCUCCAGCAGCACUUCGGCUACAAGGACUGCUCCAUUGGUGUUUGCCGUGUCUCUGACGACGGCCGCUACCUCGCAUACACCCUUUCGGUGGAAGGUGGUGACAGGUAUUUGUGUCACAUUCGUAGUAUCGACAACGCCAGUCUGUUCCACGUGAUUCGCGGGACGAACAUCGUCAGCAUCGAGUUUGGCUCCGGCAGCCAGUUUUUCUACACCGAAUCGAACGAGCUCAAUCGGCCUCACCGUGUCAUGAUGCAGGAAAUACGACCCGGCAUAUUGGAGCCACCGGUGGAGAUUUACCGUGAUGAAGACGAACAGUUUUUUGUGGAUGUUCGAAAGACAAAGGAUAACAGGUUCGUCACGAUAACCUCGGACUCGAAGGUGAACGGUAACGCGCUAGUCGUGCCUGCAUCCUUCCCUAUUAUUCCAACCCCUCUGAAGUCCUUCUUCAAGGAGGGCAAGCCGGUCGAGAUAGCAGGGAAGUCGGGAUGGAACUGGCUAGAGCACUACAACGGCAACUUUCUCAUGGUGACAUCCGACAAGGGACCGAACUACCGUGUGGUGUACAUUCGCGACGAGGUGGCCUUGGCUUAUGGGAAGGAGGCGGAGUGGAAAGAGCUUGUGCCGCACCGCAACGAUGUGCAAAUCUCUGACGUGGAUCUCUUCCAGGGUCGCAUCAUUCUUUACGAGUCACACUUCGCCUUCGAGCGCAUUCAGCAUAUUCGCGUUAUCAGGUGUGACGGUGGUCUCGACGCUGCUGCGCAGACGCCGCGGAUCGAGGACGUUGUGCUGCACUUUCCCCAGCUGACCACAGUGACCCCUGGCCUGAACAAGAACUUUGGGCAAGAGGCGAUGAGCUUUGUCUACAGCAGCCUGAUUCAGCCGCCGCGUGACUGCGUCUUCAACUUCAGCUCGGACAUCACGUCCACUCAGGCGAGGCUGUGCACGUCUGAGGCCCUCUUCACACAACGCCAGUCAGAGCACUUCACGCCGUGGGAUUACAUGUGGCCCUACAGCAUCUACCGCGAUGUCUGCGUUUCGGAGGACGGAACAGAGAUUCCAAUCACGAUAUGCCAGCGCCGCGACGCGUUCAUUCAGGAAGCGACUGACUUUGAGGCACAGCCCAACACACCAAAGCACUGCCUCAUCUACGUCUACGGCUCCUACGGUGAAGUUCCCUCGAUGCACUUCCAACUGGCCCCGUACAUCUGGAUGCUGCGGCGGCGUUGGACCGUUGCCUUCGCACACGUCCGCGGCGGCGGCGAGCUGCCCAACUGGGCCCAGCUUGGGAAGGGAGAGAACAAAAUCAAGUGCAUCAAGGACUUCAUCGCGUGCUGCGAGCACAUGGUGGAUAUGGGCUACACAAAACCGGAGUUGAUGGUGGCUGCGGGGGCCAGCGCUGGCUGUGUACCGAUCGCGGCAGCCAUGAACAUGCGUGGGUGUGGACUGUUCGGCAAUGCACUGAUGCGGUCGCCGUUCCUGGACAUAAUUAACACCAUGAUCGACCCCGACCUUCCGCUGUCGCUCGCCGAGCGCGAGGACUGGGGUGACCCGCUCAACAACAAGAGAGACUUGGACUUGCUCAAGCAGUACGAUCCGUACUACAAUGUGAACGACCGUGUGACGUACCCUGGCAUGAUGAUAUCGGUCUGCCUCGAUGACGACCGUGUUCCGGCGUGGAAUGCACUUAAGUACGUGGCAAAGCUGCGGCAGCAGCGCACCCGCAGGGACGUGGAUCCGGUUGCUCGUCCGCUGGUUCUGCGCAUGCGGCCCAGCGGUGGGCACUACUUGUGGGGCGACACGGAGAACAUCUGUGAGGAGCUUGCUUUUCUGUGUUCGCAGCUAGACCUCGAGGGCCCUGGCAAGGUGCUCAACGACAUGGACAUCAUGACCCACAUGCACAACCUUACUACCACCGGCGCCAUGGAUCACGACGACCAGCAAAAAGUGUUCCUGAAGUGGGAUAACUGGGAGAGGGAGCGGAUCGACUACCACGUAAAGCUGAACUCCUUCAAUUGGGAGCCGAACUUCCGCAAGGUAAAGGCGCAGAAGGAGCCGUUCUUCUGGGUGCCGACGGACUCGGACCUUGAUCAGAAGAAGGUGGAUGAGAUGUUUCGCGCGAAGGAGCGCGACGCCCGCGAGAGCGCUCGCUCCGGGGCGAAGGUGGGGAGCCUUGGCAAGGCAACCGGUCGCAACCUCUAUCAAGGGGAGCAGCGCGGGAAGCCGUAG